GUAAACAUUGCAGCAGCCGAAGGAGUGGGAGCGAGGUGGAGACGCACGUGUGGCAGAUCUACACUACAAGAACACUUAUUAAGCCAUUCUCACACGUCUGUUUGGUUUACGACAGGGGCCGUAAAUGUCAUUGACUCUGAGGACUUUUUUGAAGUAUAGGUCAUGAUAGAUCGACCGAUGAUGGACGAUAAUAUCAGUGCAAUUGUGGCAUCGGAUUUGCCUCGGGGAGUUGCAUUACUGGCUGAUCUGACAACAAACAUCAAAAAUGUUACUGUUGGACUCCUUGCAUUAAAAGAAAAGAUUGAAAAUGAUGAAUUAAACUCCUCUAAGGGCCUGAGUCUACUAGAGCUCAAGAAUCAAUCUUUUUUGAUGUAUUUGUCCAAUCUUGCCUAUGUGACUCUUCGUAAACUACGCGGGGCAAAGUUAGAGAAUGAUCCAUCUAUUGACCGUUUGGUUGAAUUGAGAGUGGUUUUAGAAAGAAUACGUCCUCUUGAAGAUAAACUAAAAUACCAAAUUGAUAAAUUUUUGAAGAUAGCAACGGAAGGUGUCCUUAGUGAAGAUGACCCAACCAGGUUAAAAGGGAACCUUGACAAUAUUGGGUCUUCUUCGGAUGAGGAAGAAGACGAAGAAAACACAAAUAGUGCUAAGAGUGCAACUAAGGAAGAAGACAAGACGUACAAGAUUCCAAAAGUCAGCCAGACUCCUUAUGAGGAGCAAAACAGCCGAGAAACAGAGAAGGAGAAGGCUCGACGGCGCACCCUCAACUCAAGCAUGGUACAAGAAGCUCUCUACGAUUUCACAAAUGACCCAGAGGUUGUCUAUAACAUGGAUGCCCUGAAGCAGAAAGCAAUUAAACGACGCAAGGAGCUUGAAGCUUAUGAGGAAGAUAACAUGAUAAGGAAGUCCCUGACGAAGCGAGAACGUGCAGCCAUGAAUGAAAUAACCACCGCAGGCACUAUGGGUUCGGAGAUCCUAGGCUUCAACAGCCUGGAUGCCCUGUAUGACGGGUAUGAGCCAAAGGGCCCGCAAGCCAAAAAGAGAAAAACAGGGAAGAGUCCGAAGGUUAAAGGCAAAGGGAAGAAAGGUGGGAAGAAAAGAAAGCAUUAGAUUCUAAAAGAUUAUAAAUGUUAUUGUUGUUGCCUAUGUGAAAUGUAAAGUCCACAUAAAUAUUAUUUGAAUAUA